ACUCUUUUGAAAUUGUCGCAACUUUGACCCAGCAUUACCUACAAUCCUGUCUCGUCUCGUAUGCUUUAAUUCUACAUAAUAAUAAUUAUAAUUUGAAACUACAUAAACAUAAACAGAAUCACCCUUAUUUUACUGAACCUCAACUUCCGACCCUGAAGUGACAAUCACCAUCUUCCAUCUUCAACCAACCUUUUUUUUAUACAUUCAGACAUUCAUUCCCUUUGAUCAAAGAACUGAAAAGUGCGGGGCCAAUCGAAGCACAGCCUAGCCUAGCCUAGCCUAUCCUACCUACACAAAUACAGCCCCGGGGUAUUCAUUCAUUAAUAUCGGAAAUUACCAUAUCAAGCGAAUUACAUAGUGAUUACUUACGACACCAUAUCUCCCUAACAUCCAUCAUCAUUACGCCGCCGCCAUCUUCCAUAUAAAAACGAAAUCACGAUUGGCUUCCUUUGAUUUCGCAUCGUAGCUGGGGUAGCUACCGAAUCUUUGAUCUCAUCUCAGACGUCACAAUUCAUUUGGUCUUGAACUCAGGAGAGAUCAAGUCGCAAAUAUGUCGAAAGUCGUACGAAGCGUCAAGAACAUUACAAAAGGAUACAAUAAUGUGCAAAUUAAAGUCCGGAAUGGUAUGACCUGUGUGCUAAAGUCACAAAUUAUAUGUUGACGGAUUAUAGCUACAAGCAACGAUCCAUGGGGUCCCGUUGGAUCAGAUAUGGCUGAAAUUGCUCAACUGACCUUUAAUUCGUGCGUACUUUCAUUACCUGCAAAUAUAUACAGAACUAAUUCAAGGAAUUCAGGGCGGAAACAUUUUAUCAGAUCAUGGACAUGCUCGACAAACGUUUAAACGACAAGGGCAAAAAUUGGAGACAUGUUUUGAAGGCUUUGAAAGUGUUAGAUUACUGUCUACACGAAGGUUCCGAGUUGGUAGUGACAUGGGCACGAAAGAAUCUUUAUAUCAUCAAGACUUUGAGAGAAUUCCAGUACAUUGAUGAGGAUGGAAGAGAUGUUGGUCAAAAUGGUCAGGAUUGUUAUAAUGAGAAUACAUGGAAGCUUACUAACUAUGUUCCUAGUCCGAGUUUCCGCCAAAGAACUAACAUCUUUAAUUUUGGACGAGGAUAGACUUCGAGCUGAGCGAGCUGACCGCAAAAACUGGAAGUCUAGAGUUACUGGUCUGGAUGAAUUCUCCGAACCUUCAGAUGCACAGCCACGACGACAACGCCCACACCGAGCGCAGCGCGCCGAUGAAGAGGACGCGGAAUAUAGAUUGGCUAUCGAGGCUAGUAAAUACCAGGAGGAAGAAGAUCGCAAGAAACGUGAGAGCAGGCAAGGGCGUGGCGAGCCAGACGAUGAGGAUCUUGCUAAAGCUCUUAAGCUUAGCCAAGAGGAAGAAGAGUUGCGCAGACGUGAAUUAGAAGAGCAAAAUGCGCAUUCGCUCUUUGAUGAUGAUCCUAUUCAGGUAGCACAACCCACCGGUUUCAACGGAGGAUACCAGCAACAAGGAGCCGUCGACUGGUCGGGAAAUCCAAUUGAUAUGCAACCUACCGGAUAUUUGAACCCUUACACGAAUUACCAAAACGCGCAGCCUACCGGCUACCAAAACACAGGUUAUCAAAAUGGCUUCGCCGCCCAGCCGACAGGUUUUGAUCCUUAUGCAUCACAGCAACAGCAAUCAUUUCAACCGCAAUCUACUGGAUUCAACCCCUAUGGCCAAUUUCAACAACAGCAGCCGCAACCCCAGCAGCAGCAUCUAGAACCAAUCGCUCCCGCCGGAACAAAUAACCCUUGGGCCACAAACCAGAGCCAGCCACUCCAAUCUUUACAACCAAUGCCGACUGGAUCCAACAAUCCUUUUGCACAAUCUUUCGCCCGCCCGCACACCAGCUCCGCUGCAUCCAAACCCACCCUCGCUACACUCCAAGAACAGAAGACCUUGGGCCAGUUCAGCAACACGCCAUCGUUCAACAACACACCAUCCUUCAAUCCAACCCCAUCAUUCUCACCGCAACCACCCCAAAAAGAACUAUCGGAACAUGAAGCCAGGCUCAAUGCCCUUCUGGCGAGUGGAGAUGGAAUGGACACUUUUGGAAAUACCGGAAACCUCAGAAUUCCAGCGCAACAUACUGCACCAGGAACUUUUGUUAAUAGUGCAGGUGCUGGCUUAGGACGUAUCCACGAACAACAAACCGGUAACAACCCAUUCCUCCAGACACAAUACACGGGUAUGCCACAAACGACGUACCAGGGUAAUCCUCAAAAUAAUGCUGCUGGUGCGUUCGGCAACAGUCCAUUUGGUCGCCAAGUCCCAGCCGCUACUGGACCGGCUGGUAUGAAUGGUGGCAUGAACGGUUAUGGUCAAUCGAGCAACCCCUUUGGUCCAAGACCACAACAGGGACAAAAUGGUCAGGGCGGGGAUUUGAUUCAAUUCUAGAUGGCAUGUUGGCAGGCAGGUAAAGAGGGUAAAUGGUAUUGUGGAAAGACUGGAAGCGGAAAGUACAAAGUUUUGCAUUUUGACAUGGAACUUGUUUGGGAGCCUUGGAUUGGUUUAUGCAUCCCCCUUUGCUCAACAGGCGUGUGGUGGCUUUUUAAAACUUCUUCUAUUGUUAUUACGCUUCUUGCAAUUCAAAAUUUUUUCCUCCAAAAGAAUUUCAAGCGCAUUUGUGAGGUGAGAUAACAUGAUAUACAAAUUGGACCGGAUAUGGAUGGAAGGCGGGGAGAGGAUAAUUUUUGGGAGAGGCUCAGGGUACUUUAAAGCAUGGGCUUUAGUAGGUGUAGUUAGAGUAAAUUGGGUUUAUGGAGUGUGAAUAUAAAUGAUAAUAGAAGAACGUUUUAUAAAUGAUUAA